AUGAACGAGGUGCAUCGGCUUUGGCUAAGUCUGCCGCUAAUGUGGCGUCUGCUGAAUGCAAUUGGCUCAUUUCUGAUGUGCAAUACAGCCCCUGUGUGUUAUCUGGUGAUAAUCAUUGUACAUGGUCAAGCGGCCUGCUUGCUGACACUUCCGCUUGCAAUCUUGAUAAUGAUCGUAGUUACGCUAUGCUUCAAAUACACGCAUUUACCUUGGAUAUGCCCAAAAGGCUCAACGGAAUGCGCUCAGUGGAAUAUUUCCAUGAUCGGUCGAUUUGUUGGCAUUGCCGAUGAGCCAAUGUCCGUCACCCUGUUCUGCUUACUUGUUCUUGCACUUUUCGCGCAUCGUCAUGUGUUACGGGUAAGUUGCUGCCCAAAAAGAAAAUGA